UAAUUUCACUUCCUCCCGUUGCUCUUGCAGACGAGCUUUUUACUCUAUCAAAUUUGUUUUCUCCACUCCUCUGUUCUCUUCAACCUCAUUCUCCCUUUCUGGUCAAGAAGGUUGGACCAAACAAGGCCUGAAAGAUGAUCCCCAAUGAGAUGAACAUCAAUGGGAUUAAGAUAAAUGGGUUGGAAGCAGCUGGAACCUCCCAGCCACUUCACAUCAAUAUCCACAUCCACCAGGAGUCAGUUUUACCUGAGCUUCUCAAGACUGGGAAAACCCUGUUACAAAUCUUUGUUAAUUCUGCUGGCACUCUUGGGUCAAGUAUGAAAAAGAGUCGGCUACAGUUGGCAAUCUGGACUACACAAAUAAUAUUGGGAGUCAUGAGUGGAGCCCUAGGAGUCUUCUUCUACAUGGGCCCCUUCUUUGAAUUAUGGUAUUCUGGAGCUGCUUUCUGGACUGGAGCUGUGGCUAUCUCCACUGGAAUUGUUUCUAUCAUUCAAGAGAAACGGAGAAGUACAUGGUGGGUCUUCCUGAAAAUCCUAUUCAUUCUGGCAACUAUUUGUACUUCCAUUGCUGCCAUUGUCAUUUGUGUUACUGACAUAGGACACUCAUUCUACUACACAUAUGAUAUAUGUGAAGAAAAUAGAGGAUGGUCUCCUCGGUCCUUCAAUACUCCAGAUCCACAGGAAGCCUGGAGGAUAAGUCAGUGCAAGAACUACAUGAACAUGUUUCAGAACCUGUCAAAAGGAAUCAAGAUCAUGACACUACUUAUCUGGAUCACACUGUUGGUCAUGACUCUGGCCCCUAUAGUGUUCACUCUUUUGCACUCAUGCUGUUGUCGCCAAAGGAACUUGCCACCUGAAGAGGAUGUUAAUGAGAAGAAACCACUUGAAGGAGAUUUGAGCUUCGCAUCCCCUACCAAUUUGGCAGAGGCCUGUGAGGCCUGAGCUUCAGCUGGGCUAGCUUGUUCUGAAAUAAUCUGUUAUUCUUUUUUAUAUAUACGUAUAUCCUGAUAUCACUUCUCAGCACUUCAGCCUGACUGCAGGUAGUAAUAGUGCUCAUCCUGCUUCUUUCCACAAUUUCUGGGCAUUCCAUGCCUCCCAGCUUUGGCAAAAAUCUGAUAAUAAAAUCAUGAAGGAAGACUGCCUUCUUGUCCAGUCCCUUUAUAUUCCUCUGCCUUCUUAUUUCCACCAAAGGACUUUUCCAAAGUCUGAAGGGAGGUGGAAUCGAACCCAAAGGAGUGGACAUUCCUUCCAAAUGUUGAUGGAGCCAUAAAUAAUGUGUUGGAAGAAUCUAGAACUUUGGCUAGAAGUGGGAAAUGCUGUCAUUGAGAGCAAUAAUAUAGCUGAUUAUAGCUACAGCUGAGGCCAAGGAGAAAGAUAGCUGAGGGAAGAACCUAGCAAAAAUUUUAGAGAGGUAGAGAGCAAUUAAUAAAGCAAAAGUAUUUCAGGGAAGGAAAUGGACUUGGAAACAAACCUUGCUCCUCUUUCCUGCCCCUUCACCUCUAACCUUCUCCUCCAUCAUACCAUCAAAACCUUGUGCCCCUCACCCACACAGCCAUCUAAAUUGCUAAAUAUUCUGGGAUCCUAGCCAGAAAACAUCUCUGCUCCUCUGUGUAAGAGCCAGACUCAAGGAUAUUCCCCUACCCCCACUCACCCAGCACAAUCUUCUGGACAGAAUAAUUCAGAAUGAAUUAACCCUUACCAUAACACUCAAUCCCACUACCCAAAGCAGUGAUCUCUUCAGUAUAUACAAAGUGAUCCAUAGGAUAGGAUCAGUCAGAGACAAGACAAGAACAAAGGAGCAGCUGCUUGGUAUUGCCCUGUAGCCAACUUAACUUGUCUACUUGAGUCACUAUGUUUUUCAGAGGGAGACAAUUAAUGUGUCCUUGAGAAUCAAGUCAGCUACAAGAUAGGAACCAGUCAGUCUGCAACAGAUGGAUAAACUUGCUUGUGCAGCUGGGACCCUUUCAGAUAAGCAGAGCAUCUUCUGUCCCUGUUCCCACAUGCCCAAGCCCUCCUGCUCCCUUGUUUCCCCUUUCCUACUGUUCCUUUCCUCUUCCCAUGGCAAUCUCAUUUAGGAAGAGAUUGUCCUCCACUCCUCCCAUGAGAUUUCCCCUUUUUUCACUCACAAAUAUUCAAGUUUUCACCAAGCUUGCAAACUUUUUUCUCUUGUAAUAAAUUAUUACUCGUA